GUAUAUGUUUUGGUUUAAGUUAUAAAAGAUUUAUGCUCGGAUUACAGCUACAUUGGAGUUAGGGUCUACUAAUGACGAGAGAGGCAGGAUUUGAACGAAGCCACAGAGAGAGAAAACUGACUGGCAGGCUAAAUUCAGGGCAGCAUUAUCUCCAUAUACAGCAGUUGAACCCUCACUAGCAAGAAGUAGCAUCACGGUCGUGUUGUGGUGAAUAAAGCGCGACAUUCAGGGGUCUGAACCCCUUUUUUGAGUUUUCAAGGAAUCUCUGAAAGGCUUUGACAUCAUGGCGUCCCACCUGUUGAAGCACCUGGCUACCUCCCUGGCCCAGAUGAGCCGGUUAACGCCAACCUUCUCUUCACCUGCAGCUAGUGCUUACAGAUGUCUGUACACCCUCACCACAGCUCCCCGCACACUGCUGCUGUCAUCGGCCAGAGUCAACUCAAUCCAGCCCUGUUCGUCUGGCUCCUCAGCUCAGUGUGGAUCAUCUCUGUUGGGACACUGUGAGCAUCUUCCCUGGAUCCAGCCCUCUGCAGGGAUGAAAACCAAGUCUGCCCUGAAGAGGCGCUGCAAAGACUGUUUCUUCGUUCGGCGAAGGGGACGUAUGUUUGUGUACUGCAAGACAAAUCCAAGACACAAGCAGAGACAGGGCUGAAAUGUGUCAGGUUAAAGGAGUAUGGAGAAAAUUGCUUUGAGAUCAUGGGGAUUUCUAUUUACGAGAACUGUGCUACAACAAUAAAUUGUUUUGCUGACACCCAU